CUUAGUUGCCAAGAACGUGCAUGUGAAUCUACAAUAACAUCUCAUGCACCGGUAGGGUCCUUUAGCCAGCCUUUUCUCUCUUGUUCUCUUGCCAAACUCCAACUCUUAAGAAUCUCCCACUCCUCUCCCUCUCGCCCUCCCUCCCUCUCUCUCACACACAUUCAGAUACACGUACAGUAGUCCUCAUUGCUAAGAUUCUUUCUUCGUUCCUUUUUUCUUCUUGGUGACUCUUUAUUUCUUAUCUCCCCCCGCUAGUAUCAUCGAAAUGAUGCAGGAAAAACCUCCUUUUCCUUCAAAACUCCUCCAUCUUUCUCUUCUUGUUUUUCUCCUCACCAUUUUGGAUAAUGGAGUUCAAUGUUUUCAAGGGAAGAAAGUCCUCAGCAUGCAUAAAUUCCACUGGAAACAGGAGAGUGCUAGUUCAAGUUGCCUCUCCCAAAAAUCAAGGUGGGAGAAUGGUGCAGUGAUAUUGGAAAUGAAGCACAAAGAUUCUUGCUCAGGAAAGAUCUUAGACUGGAAUAAGAAGCUUCAAAAACGCUUGAUCAUGGAUAACUUUCAGCUUCGAUCGCUUCAAUCUAGAAUUAAAAACAUCAUUUUAUCUGGAAAUAUUGAUGAUUCAGUGGAUACUCAAAUCCCAUUAACUUCUGGUAUAAGACUUCAGUCACUAAACUACAUAGUUACAGUGGAAUUAGGUGGUCGAAAAAUGACAGUGAUUGUGGACACAGGAAGUGACUUGAGUUGGGUUCAAUGUCAACCUUGCAAUCGAUGUUAUAAUCAACAAGACCCUGUUUUCAACCCUUCAAAAUCUCCUUCAUACCGAACAGUUCUAUGCAAUUCAUCAACGUGUCGAUCCCUACAGCUUGCAACUGGAAAUUCAGAAGUUUGUGGGAGUAACCCUCCGACUUGUAACUAUGUUGUUAACUAUGGUGAUGGGUCCUACACAAGCGGUGAGGUGGGUAUGGAGCAUCUUAAUUUAGGAAACACUACAGUCAACAACUUCAUAUUUGGCUGUGGUAGGAAAAAUCAAGGUCUAUUUGGUGGAGCUUCAGGUCUUGUGGGAUUGGGAAGGACUGAUCUCUCUUUGAUUUCUCAAAUUUCACCCAUGUUUGGAGGAGUUUUCUCCUAUUGUUUGCCUACAACAGAAGCUGAGGCUUCAGGUUCACUAGUCAUGGGUGGAAAUUCCUCGGUUUACAAAAACACAACUCCUAUUUCAUACACCAGAAUGAUUCACAAUCCGCUACUACCCUUCUAUUUUCUCAACCUAACUGGCAUUAAUGUUGGUGGGGUAGAAGUACAAGCACCAAGUUUCGGUAAAGACAGAAUGAUAAUUGAUUCUGGGACGGUUAUUUCAAGACUUCCUCCUUCAAUUUACCAGGCACUAAAGGCUGAGUUUGUGAAGCAAUUUUCAGGUUAUCCUUCUGCACCAUCUUUUAUGAUUUUUGAUAGUUGCUUCAACCUUAGUGGAUAUCAAGAAGUUGAGAUUCCAGACAUAAAAAUGUACUUCGAGGGAAGUGCUGAGCUCAAUGUGGAUGUAACCGGGGUUUUCUAUCCUGUCAAGACUGAUGCGUCUCAGGUCUGCUUGGCUAUUGCAAGUCUCCCGUAUGAAGAUGAAGUUGGCAUAAUUGGGAAUUAUCAGCAGAAAAACCAGAGGAUUAUAUAUGACACCAAGGGAUCCAUGUUGGGAUUUGCUGAAGAAGCUUGCAGUUUCUACUAGGUCGAUGAUUUGGAAGAAUAAAGAUCAGGUGUGUGACUGUACAAAUGUAAUUAUUUGAUGCAAUGCCAACUGUUCUUGUUGGAAAAGAAAUCAUCAAGCAGUAGUUUUUCUAAGUUCAUAUCACAUACAAAUAUCUUUAAUUUUAAAUAGGGGAAAGGUAUAGACUGUGUAAAUGCCAUUUCCAAUUUCUUGAGUGUUUCUACAGUGCAGUCCCAACACAGCAAAGAUAUCUUUUGUAUAAUUUUCAUGUAAGAUCUGUUUGAAUUUAAGAAAGGAUGCCGAAUGUCGUUAUAUAA